GUCACAAUGAAGUGUCAAAUUGCGACAGAUCGGACGUUGGUGAUGUGUUUCAAUCAGUAGAAUCAGAAAUAAAUCGUGUUAAUUGUACAAUUUACUAUGUCAUUGCCCUCCCAUUAGACUAAUAAGAAUAUAACAUAAUGAACUUUAACGCUUCUAGAAAUGUGGGUCAAGCUGGUGGCAUACGCAAAGCAAAGCGUGUGAGUGAUGUCGCAGCUAUGGGGGCGCCGUCGCCUAGUCCAGCAUUCAGUCCUGCACCGGCCUACCAUCCAGGAUACCCGCCUGCUGGACCCCCACCACCAUACCAUGAAGGGAUACAAUUAGAUGCGGGCCAAGACUUCAGCACUCCCACACCAGUCGGCAAUUUUGGUUACAUGGGAGGGUACCCUCAGUCUCCAAUGGUAAACACAGCACACAUAGGUUCCAUGCUACAUCAGCCCAUUGUACAGGACAUGGCCCUGCAGUACGGCAACCAGCUGGCGGCGCAGGGCCGGGAGGUGGUGCAGCGCGAGAUCAACAAGUACGUGCCCGUGUCGCGCCUGCGGUACUACUUCGCGGUGGACUCGCGAUACGUGCUCAAGAAACUGCUGCUCAUCUUGUUCCCAUAUACACAUAAGGACUGGAUGGUGAAGUACGACCAGGACUCGCCGGUGCAGCCGCGCUACGACAUCAACGCGCCCGACCUCUACAUACCCUCCAUGGGCUACGUCACCUACGUGCUGCUGGCUGGCUUCAUGCUAGGUCUCCAGCAGCGCUUCUCGCCGGAACAGAUCGGCAUCCAAGCGUCCUCAGCUCUAGCCUACAUCGUGUUCGAGAUGAUGAUGUACCUGGUGACGCUGUACGUGACCAACACGAGCACGCACCUGCGCACGCUGGACCUGCUGGCCUACUCCGGGUACAAGUACACCGUCAUGAUAGCCAGCCUGCUGGCCGGCCUGCUGCUCGGGACCACCGGCUACUACUGCAGCCUCGUCUAUACCAGCUGCGCCUUGUCGUACUUCCUGGUGAAGACGCUCCGCCUGCAGCUGCUGUCGGGCGCGCCGGCGCCGGAGGUGAGUCCGUACGCGGGGGGGGCGGGGGGCGCGGGGGCGCGCGGCGGGGGCGCGGGGGGCGCGGGCGGCACCAAGCGGCGCGUGUACUUCCUGCUGUUCGUGGCCGUGACGCAGCCGCUGCUGUCGUGCUGGCUCACGUACCACCUGGUGCCGCCGCCCGCCGCGCCCGCCGCGCCCUAGUGCCCGCCGACAGUCCGCCUGCUGGCCCGCCACACUCUGUACAUAUAAACUGUUCUACGAAACGUUCAUUGCAUUUUUUAAUCGGUGGAAAUGAAAAAUAUUUUGAGAUUUUGUAAGGACGAUCGGUUAAUUGGUACCACAUCACACGUUCGGCCCGCAUCCGUCAUGCGCCCCAAACGAAACGAUAGAUCAUUCUGAGUAUUUUAUAUGAAUACUUUUUGCUUCAGCUUUCAAAUUAUCACUUAGUUACUUAAUUAGAACUUAAUUCAAUAUUAUGUUAUAUUUUAUCAAAAAUCAAUACGCUAAAGUAUUGUGUUAGUUAGAACAUAUUGUGUUAACCAGCUUAUCUCUCGCCUGACAAACUUAUAAUUCCCUGGGCCAGGCCUGGACUUACUUCCCAACUAUCUUCUAAACUUAUUCUCAUUAUUAUUUAAAAUGUAUAUGUUUGAUUGUUGGUUAUUAAUUAAGAUGUUUAUUUAAUCCAGCUACCAAAAUAAUUUAAGCCCAGUAAAAUUGUAUAAACGCUAUUUAAUUUGUUACUGCAGUGUGUACGCAUUUAUAUAACUUAGUUCGGAUAUGUAAAGCUCAGUAACGCCAUCUGUUGACAUCUAGUCUAAAAUAAAUGUAUAUAUAAAUAAAAAGGAUUUUAAAUAACAUCAAAACUUUAUUUUUUGUUUAUAAUCUUAAUGGAAACGACAAACUUAUGAAUUUUGUACCUUCUAUUUCAAUUUAUAGGUGUAAUUGGAAGGUUCCUAAUAAAUUAAAAUGUCAUAUAGACAAUGAAUCUUAUGUCGUUAGCAAUUAAACUUCUUUUAGUUUACAUCAAGCCAAGUGACUACUUUUCCAUAAUAAGACCAUUUUAAACAACUCAUCAUGUAUAGUCGUUGUGUAAUAGACUUUAAACCUAUGGAUCGAAAGUUCAUAAAUGUCUGACAGAAAUGUCUAGUGAUAUUAGAACAUUGGACUUUAUGGUGAAGUUCCAAGGUAUAAAAUCAUUUGUACGAGAGAUUUUUGUAAGCAGGUUUGAAUAAAACAUCCCAAAUAGUUUUUCUUUGUACUCCUAGAUGUUAUUUCCUUUGUGAAGUGUUGAAAUGUUAUUAUUUAUAUUGUUUAUUAAAUACGGCGACAGCUGAGCUGUGACGGAUGCAAUGAGCGUGUAUUUUGUACUAAUUCAAUGCAAUAUUAAAGCCUAGUUUUAUAUGAAAA